UUAGCCCACACUACUAAAAGAGAAAAGAAGGAAAAGGAUUGGCCUUUGGUGGGAUUAAAAUGCGGCACUACCCACUAACACAAUUCCUUUUUGUAAAAGAGAGGCGAAAAAAAGGUGUUUGAAUCAAACCAACGAACCAGGCCAAAGGGGCCCUCGCUGCAUUUUCUACAGAGCCGAGAAGGCACCACCACCUAAACACGAACCCAUCAUUGUAACCCAGAAAUUUUCAUUACCCUUGACUACUUGAGACCUACUUCACAGUUCACACCCAUGUAAUUCCCAGAAUAUAUCUUUUCUUAAUCUUCUUUCUGGGUCGAUUCAAUCAUCCUUUAGAAUUGGAAUUGAAUAAGUUUUAAACGUUGAUCAACUACCACCACUACCGCAAUGCUCACAUUAUCGUUUAAUCACUAGAUAUACAGAACCCAAUUCAUUUGAAGGAAAUUUCUUUUUGUUUUACUUCUUUUAUGUGUGGUCAGUCGUGGAAUGUUUUUUAGUUUCUCUGAAAGACUGAAUGAGUUGAAGAAACUUAGAAUGGUGAUGGGUUUUUGGUGAGGUUGUGGCUGCAACUUUCUGCUUCGGAAUUUGAUUUCAUGGGGAACUGCUGUUCUAUGUGGCAACCGUCGGGUUACAAAGUAUCUUCUAAUGCAAAGACAGAUUCCCCCAAAAGCGAGAACUCAUCCACCAAAGUAAGAAAGGAGUUUACUAAGUUGCCAUCAAAUCCUGAAGAAGUAGAGGACCUUCGUCGGGAUUCAGCCACAAAUCCCCUGAUUGCUUUUACUUACAAUGAGCUAAAGAUAAUUACAGAUAAUUUCAGGCAGGAUUAUGUGUUGGGUGGAGGAGGAUUUGGAAGUGUUUAUAAGGGGUUCAUUACUGAUGAUUUAAGGGAGGGGCUUAAACCUCUUCAAGUAGCUGUAAAGGUUCAUGAUGGGGAUAACAGUCACCAGGGCCACAGGGAAUGGCUGGCAGAGGUUAUAUUUCUUGGACAACUUUCUCAUCCAAAUUUGGUGAAACUUGUUGGCUACUGCUGCGAAGAUGACUAUAGGGUACUGAUUUAUGAGUAUAUGGCUCGGGGCAGCGUGGAAAAGAAUCUUUUUUCAAGAGUUUUACUUCCUCUACCUUGGGCUAUCAGAAUGAAGAUUGCAUUUGGUGCUGCAAAAGGACUUGCAUUUCUCCAUGAAGCUGAGAAACCAGUUAUUUAUCGUGAUUUCAAGACUUCUAAUAUUUUGCUAGACCAGGACUACAAUGCCAAGCUUUCGGACUUUGGCCUUGCAAAAGACGGACCAGUGGGUGACAAAACUCAUGUAUCUACACGCAUUAUGGGGACUUAUGGAUAUGCAGCUCCAGAGUAUAUAAUGACAGGCCAUCUGACUCCUAGAAGUGAUGUUUACAGCUUCGGCAUUGUUCUUCUAGAGCUUCUUACUGGCAGAAAAUCCUUAGAUAAGUCCAGACCAGCUCGAGAGCAAAAUCUGGCUGAUUGGGCCCUCCCUCUGCUCGGUGAGAAGAAGAAAGUUCUCAACAUUAUAGACCCAAGAUUAGAUGGAGAGUAUCCAGUCAAAGCCAUCCACAAAGCGGCCAAGCUUUCUUAUCACUGUCUGAACCGAAACCCAAAGGCAAGGCCCUUGAUGAGAGAUAUAGUGGAUUCUCUGGAGCCUCUCCAGGUUUCUGCUGAGGUACCAAGUGCUCCUCCUCCUCCAACUUUUAUCAAUGGAUCCCCAGUUGUACAGCCUAAAUGAAAAGAAGAUUCCUUUCUGCAAAUGACAUGGUUUCCAGUUGUCCUAAGCUUCUUCAUUAGUAAUAUGUUUCCUUUGCAGGGUAAUAUGUUUCCUUUGCAGUGUUCAUAUAUACAGAGAGAUGGGGCUCCUUUUUAGCAUAUUCUUCAUAUGCAGGGUGGUUUAUACUCAUUUUAGAAGAAUUUACAGAUCCUUCUAACCUGAAAAUCAAUUUAUCGAUUC